AUGUAUAUCCCAGCUCCCCUGUACUAUCCAUUAUAGUGAUAUGACAUAUAUACAGUAAUGUAUAUCCCAGCUCCCCUGUACUCCAUUAUAGUGAUAUGACAUGUAUACAGUACAGGGGCGGACUGAAAACUCAUGGGGCCCCUGGGCAAUAGGGGAUCAUGGGGCCCCUGUGUCCUUGCCCAAACUCAAAAAAGCGUAUGAAAAAGGUACCAGGGGCAUCUCAUGGGGCCCCCUACUGACCCAAGGCCCUUGGGCAGUGCCCGAGUUCCCAAAUGGUCAGUCCGCC